AUGGCAUCCACCUUCUUCAAUAACAAAGCCCGAGCGGCGGCGGCGGCUGCCUCCGGCAGCUCCAAAACGAAACCCUCCGACAGCAAGGAAGACAAUAACCGGCUACAGCCAUGGGUUGAGAAAUACCGUCCAAAGACACUUGAAGAUGUCGCCGCACAAGAUCACACAACCAAGGUCCUGCAACGAACGCUACAAGCCUCUAAUCUUCCUCACAUGCUUUUUUACGGACCUCCCGGAACAGGCAAAACCUCGACCAUCCUCGCUCUCGCCAAAUCUCUCUUCGGACCCGCCCUCUACCGCUCCCGUAUUUUGGAACUGAACGCCUCCGAUGAGCGAGGCAUCGGAAUUGUCCGUGACAAAGUCAAGAACUUUGCCCGCGCACAGCUUUCCCAACCGACUGGUCUUGAUGCCGCCUACCGUGCCCAGUACCCAUGCCCUCCCUUCAAGAUCAUCAUUCUCGAUGAGGCAGACAGCAUGACCCAAGAUGCCCAAUCUGCGCUCCGUCGCACAAUGGAACAAUAUUCCCGUAUCACACGUUUCUGUCUGGUCUGCAACUAUGUGACGCGGAUCAUUGAGCCUCUGGCGAGUCGAUGCAGCAAGUUCCGUUUCAAGAGUCUCGACAAUGCAGCGGCGGGCGAGCGUGUCGCUGAGAUUGCGCGAGCCGAGAAUUUGAAGCUCGAUGAUGGUGUCGUGGACACAUUGAUUCGCUGUGGUGAGGGUGAUUUGCGACGUGCGAUUACUUACCUUCAAAGUGCGGCUCGUUUACUGGGUGCAACGCGCGCAGGCCAAAAAGACGGAGACGAGGAUGCGGAAAUGGUAGACGCGAAUGAUUCGGCUUCGGGGACAAUAACCGUCCGGACGAUUGAAGAAAUCGCGGGUGUGAUUCCCGACAAUAUCUUGGAUAAUUUGAUGCAGGCUAUGCAGCCGAAACCGUCGGGUUCGGCAUACGAUGCUGUUUCCAAGGUGGUGACCGAUCUGGUUGCGGAUGGCUGGAGUGCGACGCAGUUGGUUAUUCAGUUAUAUCGACGAGUCGUUUUCAACGAGGCCAUUCCUGAUAUCCAGAAGAACAAAAUUGUCAUGGUGUUUUCAGAGCUGGACCGGCGGCUUGUGGACGGGGCGGAUGAGCAUCUCUCUGUCCUCGAUCUUUCGCUUCGUAUUGCGAAUAUCCUUCGUGGGCAAUGA